GGCAAGAGCAAUUGUCAUGGAAAUUUAAGUGAAGGGGGGGAUCAAACAUGUUUAGGAGCACAAUGCGGGGAGGCAUCGAUGAGUGGAAACCAGUGAUCGCAAUGCUGGUAUUUGACCUCAUCUCUGCGGUGACAACAGCCUUGAUCAAGAAGGCGCUCGCGGAGGGGCUCGACCGCCUAGUACUUGUCACGCUGCGACAACUGGUGGCCACAGCCUUCCUUUCUCCGAUUGCAUUUUUCAAAGAACGGGGCAAAAGGCCUAAGCUCACACUGGAGAUCCUUGUGUACCUCUUCUUCAGUGCAGCUUUGGGUGCCGCGCUCUCUCAGUAUACCUUCUUCUACGGGUUGCAGUACACGACUGCAACAUUUGCCAUAACUUUCACUAACUUGGCUCCUGUGCUCACUUUCCUCAUUGCUGUCUUGCUAAGGGUGGAGUCACUGAACAUGAAGAACAAGGCCGGUGCCGCGAAGAUUGCCGGAACACUCAUGUCGUUCGCUGGCGUCAUGCUCCUUACGCUCUACAAGGGUGUGCCCUUGACACACCAAGCUGUGCCUUUAGGUCAGCAUGCAGCUGCAGAAGCAGAAUCUGGCAAGAAGAGCUGGACACUGGGAACUAUAGCAUUACUGGCAAAUGGCCUGUGCUUCUCCUUUUGGCUCCUGCUGCAGUCUAAGCUCACCAAGAAGUACCCGGCACUCUACUCCAGCACUGCAUACAUGUUCCUCAUCAGCUCCCUACAGGGCGGCUGCGUGACCGGGGCGAUACAACGACGGGCAUCUGUGUGGGCCCUCACAAAGACAGUGGAGAUCGUAACAGUACUAUAUACAGGAAUUUUGGGGUCUGGAGUGGGAUAUGUGCUGAUGACAUGGUGUGUGGAGAAGAGAGGGCCAGUCUUCACUUCAUCCUUCAUCCCUAUCAUACAGAUCAUGGUUGCUAUAAUUGAUUUCUUCUUCCUCCAUGAGAAUAUCUACCUUGGAAGUGUGUUGGGGUCCAUAUUAAUGAUCCUGGGCCUCUAUAUUCUGCUGUGGGGAAAGAGCAGGGAUGCCUCAGUAACGGCAGCAUCUGCGGAAGAAGACGAAGAGGAUAAGGAGAAGCAGGUCAAAUCAUGAGGACCAAAACUGUGCAAUUCUUGGGUUGUAAAACAUGCCAGGGUUUUCCUCCUUAGUUUCCUAAACCUAAAUGGAAAAACCAAGAGAAAUACUAGUAUAAGUAUUGCCGUUGUUGUAUGCAUUUUUGCUCGAGGGCGUGAUGAAACGAUAUAUGCCACGCUGAUUUCAGCAGCUAUAUAUGUGCCUAAAUUUAGGCCAAAUUCAAAUUCUCUAGGUGAUGGAGAGCGGCGGCAUAAGCUGCACGUUAGACCAUCAUAAUCUGUCACAUUGAACAUGAAAGUAAAUAAAAAGGAAAGCAAAAUAUUCCCCGCA